CAUUCAAAAUGAGGUAUGCCUAAAACCUCACGCGACCCCUCUUUGACAGCUUUUCCUGUUGAAGAUACCACUCCCUCAUUUCUAUUAUUUAUCCCAUUUUUUCCUCUCUCUCCUCCCUUCUUUUUCACUUACCUCUGUUUUUUUCUGUGAAAGUAACCUCUUUCUGCUCCAAAUCUCUUCUUCCUCAUUUACCCAUUUUGCCAAACAAAUUCUACCCAUUACUCAAAUCACUUCUUUCUACAAAACCCACAUUUUAUUUCUUCCUAAAAACCCAUAAAUUCUUACCAAAAACAGAGGAAAAACAGAGCAAAAAAAAAAAAAAAAUGGAAGCAUCUUCUCCAUUAUCUCAACUACCCAUUUCAACUCCAUCACCAAACACACAAAAACUCCCAACAAAAAGAAACUUAAUCACUUCAUUAAUGGAAGCUACAACUCUUCGUUCUCCUUCUUUCAAAGAAGACACUUAUGUUCUUUCUAAUCUCAAAUCUUCAGAAAAAAAAGCACUAAAUGACCUAAAAUCUAAGCUUUCUUCCUCUCAAAUUACCCAAAACCCAACAAUUUGGGGGGUCCCGCUUCUCUCAGAAGAUGAAAAAGCAGAUGUAAUCCUUUUAAAGUUUCUUAGGGCUAGAGAUUUCAAAGUUUCUGAAGCUUUAAACAUGCUUGAGAAAUCUCUUGCUUGGAGAAAACAAUUUGGUGCAGAUGGUAUUGUUGAAGAAGAAUUAGGGUUUAAGGAAUUAGAGGGUUUAGUUGCUUAUAUGCAUGGAUUUGAUAGAGAAGGUCACCCUGUUUGUUAUAAUGCAUAUGGUGUUUUUAAAGAUAAGGAAAUGUAUGAAAGGAUUUUUGGUGAUGAUGAUAAACUUGAUAAGUUUUUAAGGUGGAGAGUUCAAGUUCUUGAAAGAGGGAUUAAAUUGUUGCAUUUUAAACCUGGUGCUGUUAAUUCUAUUAUUCAAGUUACUGAUCUUAAAGAUAUGCCUAAAAGAGAACUUAGAGUUGCUUCUAAUCAGAUUUUAUCUCUCUUUCAAGAUAAUUAUCCUGAGAUGGUUGCUCGUAAGAUUUUCAUCAAUGUGCCAUGGUAUUUUAGCUUGUUGUACUCCAUGUUUAGCCCAUUUUUAACUCAAAGAACAAAGAGCAAGUUUGUGAUUGCUAAAGAAAGCAAUGUUGCUGAGAUUCUCUACAAGUUUGUAAGGCCAGAGGAUGUACCGGUUCAAUACGGGGGACUGAGUCGACCAGGCGAUCUCCAAAAUGGUCCAGCAAAACCGGCCUCCGAGUUCACUGUCAAAGGGGGUGAGAAGGUUAAUAUUCAAAUUGAAGGCAUUGAGGCGGGUGCAACAAUAACAUGGGACUUGGUUGUGGGAGGUUGGGACUUGGAGUACAGCGCUGAGUUCAUCCCAAAUGCCCAGGAUAGCUACAGCCUCGCCGUGGAGAAACCGAGAAAACUCAGCCCCUCUGACGAAGCCAUCCACAACUCGUUCUUGGCAAGAGAGGCGGGGAAACUCGUGCUGUCUGUUGACAACACCACAUCACGGAGGAGAAAGGUUGCUGCCUAUCGCUAUAUUGUCCGCAAAUCUGCACUAGUCUAGUAUGAUCCCUUAUGUAAAAUAAUCAAAGCAUCCUAGGUCUUUUAGGUUUCGGCUCUUUUUUGUUUGUUUGAGGUUAUUAAACUUAUAGCUCUUCCUGCUUAUAUAUUUUAACUGAUGUUGUCUUGUAUGCCUAAGCCUAUGAAUCUAUAUUCUAUAUAAAGCAAGUUAUAUUUAAGUAA